GAAAGUGUACAAUAUUCAGUGCUGCUUCUUUUUUUAAACAUGAUUAUUAAGGAUCGGGGUUGAACCUGUCAUAAUGGUAAUUCAUAGCUGGGUAGCCAUGGUGAAGUCAAUUUCCCCCUCCCUCUGCCACUGCUGAAUGCAUUAGUCUAAUGAGAUGUCUGCAGCCUGUGUGCCGAGCAGCAGCAGCAGCAGCAGCACUGUGUUCAUCAAAAGCGGGACGAGGAAAACGUCGCAUCCAGCAAAAGAAAGAUGGCUUUUCAUUCAUUGUUAAGGAUUAAGCUCCGUAGUAGCCUUUAGGCUUCCGCGAUCAAAAAGUCUUGGCUUUGGGUUUUCACAGCAGAAGCCAGCAGCUCCAAAUGAGUGUACCUGCUGCAACGGCACAGAAAUCAGACAGCAACAACGGCGAAAUGCAAUCAGCUGCAGUGGCUCCCUCCUUCAUUCCCAGCCAGUCGGGGAAGAUACCAGGCAGGAAGAGAGGGAGACCCCCGCUCCGCAAUGUGGCCAAGAUGGAUUUUCCAAGUCGUUACCCUGACUCGCUGCCUCCGCUCAAAGUGCCCAAGAAGAGGGGGAGAAAGCCGGGCUUCAAGCUUAAACCCAGGAUGGUGAUGACACCGCUGGCCAUCUCUCCACCAAGCAGCACCCCCGAACCUGACAUGAGCUCCAUUCCUCAGGAUGCAGCCACCAUCCCCCACUCUGCCACGCCUCAGGUGCUCACAGUCUGUAUCUACAUUAACAAGCAGGCCAACACAGGCCCCAACCUGGACAGGAAGAAGAUCCAGCAGCUUCCCGACCACUUUGGACCCGACAGGCCCUCUGUGGUGCUGCAGCAGGCCGUCCAAGGCUGCAUCGACAGCGCCUACCAGCAGAAAACAGUCUUCACGCUCCUCACGCAGGGCUAUGGAGGAGAGAAAAUAUCAGCCACAUUUGAUGGGAAGCAGCACCUUCUGAGCCUCCCUGUGGUGAACAGCAUCGACUAUGUGCUGCGCUUCCUGAAGAAGCUCUGCCGCAGCCUGCACUGUGAGAACCUCUUCAGUGAUCAGCCCAUUACCCAGCACAGCGGUGGCUCCUACCAGUCAGAUGCCGAAGCAUCUAUGACCGAGGACUACCACGUGGACCAGUCAGAUGGCAAGCGCUACUCCGUGGACCCGGGCGACUCGGCUUUCGGCUCCAUAAGCUCGUCCUACACGCCACAGUCCUCCUACGGGUUCCGUUCCUCCCAGCAGUUCUCCAGCGGCUCGGCCUCGGUGAGCAUGUGCCGGCAGUCAGCCACCAGCCCAAACACGUUCCCAGAGGGCAACAGGACAGCGGGUUACAAUUCAACCCCAGAAUCCCAGGAGUCCAAGGCGCCACCCAAUAAGGACCCAGCCACGUGGUCUGUGGAGGACGUUGUGUGGUUCAUCAGGGACGCAGAUCCCCACGCUCUCGGCCCUCACGCCGACGUCUUCAGGAAACACGAAAUAGACGGAAACGCUUUGUUACUCCUGAAGAGCGACAUGAUCAUGAAGUACCUCGGACUGAAGCUGGGGCCAGCCCUGAAGCUUUGCUUCCACAUCGACAAGCUAAAGCAGACAAAGUUCUGAAAGCGUAGUCUGGAGCAGAGGAUUUAAAAGGCGUUUUUUGGGGGGUCCCAUGGUCUUAGAGCCUAUGGGAAGAAAGUCUCCAUUGUCAAGAGUUGUGUCAAAUAAAUUAGGAUACCAGAGGUGAAGUCAAACACAGGUUUUGUUUCAAUCAACUCCGUCUUUGCUCUUAAUUUAACUAUGACAAAAUAAAGGAAACAAAUCAAUAUUUAACUUGGCACAUGUUACAGUAUAUUAUCAGUCUUCCUGGCAAAUGUCCACAGCUAAUGGAUUUUAAAACAUCAAGAAGAUCCAGCUCAAUGCUCAAACUGAGGUAAACAACAAACAUUUUUUGGCAGAGUUUUCCUUGAAGCUGAGACUUCCAGAGAUAUUUUCUUUCUAAUUGUACAACUUGUUCGUUAGAUCAUGCCUUGAUACUCAACUAAAUCAGACAAAUUACCAGAAAAACUAGUGCAACCCACCCAAUACUUGGAGACCUUCCUCUCUUCCCUUUGGCUCACAGACCAAAGCAUCUUCCUCAUAUAAAGAUAAUCACAAAUUCACCCUUUUCUCUUUGUCAUGCUCUCAUUUUUUUGUGCUACGUUACAACCAUGAGAUUCAGAAACACAACCUUUUUUCACACAAAUCACACUGUAAUGAGAAAAUGAUUUUUUCUCACGUCCAAACGAACACAGCACACACUUUCAGUGCGACCAUUUGAUCUUGUUUGCUCAUUUUCAACAAGCUGAAAACAUAUCUUGGUCGAAAAGGUGCAUUGAAUACAGCUUUGUUUUUGAGUGAGAAAUUUAGUGGAUUAUUUUGAUACUAUUUUUUCACAUUCUGAGUAAAACAAUUAAGAAGUUGUUCCCACUGGAUUUCUCAUUGUUUUUUUAAGCAUAAUUCUGAUAUUACUGACAAUAUAUAAAAUAAAAAAACAGAACAAUAGCUUACAUAGGCGGCAGUUCUCUCGUAUGGAAAACAGUAUAUAAAGUUAAAAGCAUUGUAUACGUGGUAUAUCUAUGUUUCAAUAUGCAAGGUUGUGCCAGUUAUCUCCACGUUCUUGUAAACUCUUACAAAGACUUGUUUUCUAAUGGUAUAUUCUUUUUUUUUUCUUUUUUUGAUAGAGCGUCAGUGUUGAUACAGAAGCUGUCAAAACACAAGAAACACUUGAAUUCUACACUAAGAAAACCUUAAAGAUAAUGUCAGUGGGUGUAUGCAACAGUAUUAUGUUUGUGUACAACUUUUGGUGCACUGAAUGCAUUCUUUUAAAUCAGUUAGCCUUUGUAAAUGAAUGCUGCUGUGACCAAUUUCUAUGUAAGCCAUGCCUAGUGAGAUCAACCCGAGGUGUUUCAUUUGAACAAUCCCUCUGAAUAAGAGUUCUACAGGAAGCUGCAUUGAAUUAGUACUCUACACUGGUGCUUAACGUUAUUGUUGUAUUUAUAUGUUCACAUUUGUGUUUGUGGGAUCUAAAGGGGAUCUUCUAUGUAUGCUGUUCUUUGUGUGCGCAUUAAAUUAAGAAACUAAGUAUUGAUUGUGUCUGACAGUUUUGGGGGGUUUUCAAGGUGACUGU